AUGAGUGUGUUUCAGUUCUGGAAGCACGACGUGACAUCGCUCUGCGCCUCGCUGCAUGAGCUCCUCAAUGACGUGGCGACGCCAGACGAGAGCGACGGCAGCGACGACGAGGACGAGCCCCAAACCGACGUCAUCAAUGGCCGCGUCGAGCGCCUCGUCGCUAAGCUGCGCCACGUCUUUUAUGGCACAUUGGACCGACCGGUCAAGGAGGAGGACUGCAAGCAAGUCGCCGAGAUGCUCUCGCGCUCGCAUGUCAUGGCGCGCCUCGUGACGCCGUCGCUCCUGUCGCAGCUCUCGUUUGAGACGCGCAAGUCGGUGGCCGCGCUCUUCCGCGCCCUCGUGCGCCGCGACCAAGCAUCGAGCAUCGUCUGCGACGUGGCCCUCAUGACGCGCCUCACGCAAGGCUACACGGC